AUUUAAAAUGUGCAAACUCCUUGGGACGAUUCAAGUGAUUCCAAUUCUGUUCCCUACUCCAAUGUACUCUGGCUGGCAACGUUACGUUUAGGCUGCUGAGGGAACUGGUGCAUCAUAACUAUCGCAGCCACUAUGUGCUGUCCCCUUUUAUGGUCAGGGUAACCCUAGCCGGGAUCUAUGCGGACAGGGAGAGCGACAAGGAGGCGGCACUGCAAGACGAAGAUCCCGAGCUAGAGGAAUCCAUCAGCGAAUUGGGCAAGCGAUAUGAGAAGGCCACCAAUGCAAAGUUCCGGAUGGCCAGUCGCUUAUUUCUGUCCAAUGAGCUGCCAGUGCGGGAAUUUUCCAAGCUCAGCACUGCGAAUAUAUCCAGUGCCACGAGCAUAGACUUCGCGCACAACGUGGAAGCUUCGCAGCGUAUCAACGACUGGCUGGGCAAGGCAUUGGGUGAGCAGAAGACCCAUGUGGUGGAGCCCAACGAGCUGGGCGUCGGUACGAGGGGGAUUGCCAUCAGUGGGAUUUCGGUGAAUGGACACUGGCAGCACCGCUUCGAGUCGCUGCACAAGACCUACUUUGUCACCAGGGAUCUGGCGGGGCAGGUCGCUCACUCCCUGUGCGUUCCCAUGAUGCACACCUUCAACAUGUUCGCCACAAUAGCCACGGACAAUGCCAGGGGUAUAUUCAUACCCUUCAGCCAGGCGGACAUGGGCAUGCUGGUGCUGCUGCCCCUGCACGGCAUAGAGACCAAGGAUCUACUGGAUGACGUGCAGAUCUAUUUCAACAACGCCGCUGACCCCCCCCGGGACAUGCACCUGUUCCUGCCCAUCUUUAGGGUUGAGUAUGACAAGCAGUUGGGUUCCUUCGUACAGGGCUUGGAUAUCGAAGAUCUCUUGGGAGAAGCAAAAUUUCACAGGAACUUUGACCAAAACUCCAACAGCAAAAUCAAUGAAUUCAAACACAGGACGGUGGUGCACAUCCAACCCAAUCGGCCACUGAUUGAAAUGCCAGAAACGAAUGCCAUCAAACAUGACAUAAACGAGGAGGUAUUCGAUGUGAAUCAAUCCUUUGUGUUUGUCAUAAUGGAUCGCGAUACCGUCUAUGUGGCUGGUCGCAUUGAACAUUUGGAUGGAUUGACGCCAAAAGUGAAUUGUUCCCGAAAGUUUGCGGAAUCUCGUUAUCAUCUAAAAAAAUUGAGAAAGUGGAAAAGUAAAUUUUUAGAUUGAUUUUAAGCGUCAUCACACUUAAUGUGUGUGUCUAAUAUAAUUUUGAAUCAUU